UCGGCAGCGAUAGACAGCGACAGGAACUCUCACUGGUUUCGCUCUCAAGGCCUCUCAUCCAAAGAGAUCUCUGAAGGGCCACUGAAGAAGAAGAAGAAGAAGAAGAAGAAGAAGAAGAAGAAGAAGAUGUUGAGGCGAAGGCCCUCCAAUGCCUCGGAGAAGGAGCAAGUGCAGAAGAAGAAGCUCAGUCUACAGAGGUCCAGCAGCUUCAAGGACUUCAUGAAGCACAAACCUACUUCUCCUGUGUCGGAGAAGGAGUUUACCUUGGAGGAGAAUUUGGCAGAGGGUGUAACGGGAGAGGAAGCUGGGAAAAGUGGCAGCAAACUGGGAAAGACAUGGCGCAACGUCAUCUCCCGCACCAUGACCCGGAAAACAUCCAAGAUGGUGCAGAAGGCUCUGGCUGAGGGGGCUGAGAGCGGCGGGGAGCUCUCUCCGGUCUCUUCUGACUGGCUUCCAGAUCUCAGCGCUGCAGGACAAAGGACGUCCGUGUGCUCCACCGGGUCCGAGGACGCAGCGCCCAGCCCCACCGCCCGCCAGUUCUCAGGCAGUGGCGACCGACAGAGCCUGGACAGUGGGUACUGCCAGAGGGACAGCAUGAGGCUGGAGGACCACGGCGGCUCUUACAACGGGCCGUUCUGCGGCCGCGCUCUGGUCCACACCGACUUCACCCCCAGCCCCUACGACGUGGAGUCACUGAAACUCAAUAAAUUAGACGUCAUCUACAUCAUUGAGAAGCCUCCUGUGGGGACCUGGACGGGGAAGCUCAACAACAAAAUGGGCUCCUUUAAGUUCAUCUACGUCAACCUGCUGCCCGAUGAGAGCCCUCCUGUCAGGAGGAGACGCUGCAACAGCAAGAACCGCCGAUCCAAAUCCAAACCCAAAACCCUGGAGGAGGUCCUGGACAGCAUCGGCCUCACUGAGCUGAGUUCUUUGCUGUCCAUGCACGGUUUUCAGAGCCUGGAGGACUUUGCAGGACUGAAGCAGUCUCACCUCAACGAGCUGAACAUCACAGACCCAGACCAGCGCUCCAAGAUCCUGAACGCCUGUGAACUGCUGAGAGACUCCGAAGACGAGUCGGAGCCAGAAGAGGACAGAUCUCGGGAGCAUGACAAGGAACCGAGGGAUUCGGGCUGUUUCGAGAGCUCCGAGAACCUGGAGGGCCGCCGUGAGGAGCCAAAGACCGAGGAGGGACUCCACGGGGAGGCGGAGAAACACGAGCAGCAAACGGAGCAGCUGGACGCUCUGCAGGAGCAGCUGCAGGAGCUGACGGUGGACGAAGGACCUUGAGAUGUAAGGAGGGGAACACAAUUCUUUCCUCUUUUUUUGACUUCCUGGUUCUCAGGGACUCUUUGGACGGAGGUGUACUCCUCUUCACCAUCACAGAAUGGACCGGUGAUUGGAGCGCAACGUAAUGCUCAUGUACUGCGUCGGGAUGAUGGUCUUUGUAGUCCACAGCGUGCUGUUGAGCAGGCGGACCAGUUCCUCUUUGUCUGCUUCGAUGAACAUGUUGUCGUUUUCUUCCCGAGGAUAUCAUGUGAGGCGUUUGUUUAUGCCGGUACCAGCAACACAUUUGAAGGCGUUCCUUUCCAUUAUGACCCGGUCUUAAAGGUUUUCAUGUCCUUCACUAUUACACAAUUAUGAAUGUAUGAUAUUUUUCAUGUAACUUUGAAUGAAUUGUAACUUUCAGUAAUUUGCUUUCAUGUGUGACAUUGGGUAUUUUCACUGUUACAUUACAAAGAGGUUGAUAACAGCUGCUGUAAAUAGAAUUUAAAUAAAAAUAAAUUUACUAUGAUGGUGA